AAUAAAAUCAUUCUCAAUCAAUACAACGUAGAUUGUGAAAAGACUGCAAUAAAAACUUUUAAUUAAAAUAAAUUUUUGGCACAAAUAUCCGCAAAAUAUGGCAACAAGUAAUAUAAAAGGAGUUAAGGCGUCAAAUUUCGGCGCCAGCUCAUCAGGUGGUGGUAACAGAACUGGUGGAAAAACCGGCCCGGUUUCGACAACGUCUCAGCCUGAUGCUGACGCCAGUAGCGUUGGCAUAAACAUACCACUAAUAAAAACUAAAGACAACAAUAAACAACUACCGACAUAUCACGCGGCGCUGCAACGUUCAGCCGAUGACUAUUUGGCGGCAGAGGAAUUAGACAAUAUACAACUAGAACUUGAAACAUUGCUUUCGAGUGUUGCCCUACGUUAUCGCGUACUCAAGUCAGAAUAUGAGAGUUUGGACAAAGAUGAACGACGAAACGAACGCCGCACGAAGCAUGGUGCUAGUGGCGAAACACAAACAGCCAAUGUAAAUAGCUCGUCCAGCGGUAAACGUAAGCGUGAGGAAACAUCAAGUGUACGUAAACCCAAACACACACCCGCCUCGUCACUAAAACACACAAAACAUGCUAAAAACAGUCCAGUUGCGCCGAAUACUGAUGACAGCAUGGACUAUGUACCACCGACCGGUUCUCAUGGUCAUGGACAAAAUCGUGAUCAUCAUCUGCAAAAAGUCACACUACCCAAAAAUGAUACGCCAAAUAAAUUUUGGCUUUCCGUCGAGCCAUAUUGUAUGCCAUUAACAAAUGAAGACCUGCGUUUGCUUGAUGAUCUCCUGGAACAGUAUUCUGGACCACUAGUGCCACCUAUACCCGAACUGGGACCGCAUUACUCAACAAUAUGGGCUACGGAAGAUAUGAAGGAAGUGCAACAAGCUUCAAAUCCCAACACUAAUUCAAAUCGUUUAAAACCGCAAAAUAAUGCUGCAAGUGGUAUGCUUAAAAAAGCUGAAUCCAUGAUGGAUGAGUGUGUUACUGGGCCUUUGACACAACGUUUAGUGUCGGCGUUAUUAGAAGAGCAGUUGAUACAAAAUCCCAGCGAACUAGCGGCAUCGGCCGUGGCUGAUAGCAGUAAUAGCAGUAGUGAAAAUACACACUCCUCCGCUCAAAUGAAUUUCCGUUCGCUGUCGUUACUACGCAAUUGUAUUGAUAUUGAAAAACGUGUCAAAAGAGAACUAAUCGAGCAAGGUAUAUUGGACUUGAAUGACUUUCCAAAUAAUGAUGAAGAUGAAAUACAUGCGGAAAUAAAACGUUUAAUUUCCGAAUUAUCAGCAAUAGCUGAGUACAAUGGGGCUGCGUUGAAAAGGCUACAUGAGUCUGCCGCUGAGGAAAUAAAGCGUUUGGAAAUCAAACGUAAACUCGACACGGUUGACCAAGAAAUACUCGAGGCUUAUAAACGCACAAUGCAAAAUAAAGCCAAACGUAAGCCGAUUAGCUUUGAGGAACAGCAGGAAAUACAUCGAUUAACAGCUGAGCAAAAAGCACUUUCCGAUCAGCUCGAACGUUUACAGGCAAAUUGUUUUCUAUACGAAUAGUUUUGGGCCACCACUGGUGGAGAGCAAACACCAUCAGAACCGCGCUUGACAAGUGCAACACCUGAACGCUCUAUACUAGUGGCACUUUUAAAUGAAAAUUAGUAUAAACACUUAACACAAUUUAAUAACUUUAUAAUAUAACUCUUCUUAUUAAAAAAAUGUUGCUGUAUUUAAAAAUAUUAAAUGAAAUUCAAACUCACCGCGGUAUAAGGAGUGACCGCACCUCUGCACUGUACAACAAAUAAAAACGUAAUAAAGAGACCUAAAUGCUGAAAUACUGAAGACUACAGAAA